GCAUAAGUAUGCUUGCAAGAUGUCUUGUCGAGUGUGGUCCACGUUCCAAGCAACAAGAAAGGACGGCUCGUUGGUGAAGUUACGCAUUCAGGAUUUACCCGAAAACCGGAUUGACGAUGCCGUACAUUUGUUUAUAAAAUAUUUCAUUCACGAUGAAAAGCUUAUGAAAAUGGCAGGUAUAUCACGAAAUCCAAAAGCGGUAAAGGAGUACGAAGUAUUUAUAUGUGAAUUUAUUAAAGAUCCUGCUUCGCUUACUAUGAUAUGUUGCGAAGACGAAGAUGACGGUAAUGUUCGGGAAAUAGUGGGCGUGUCUUUGAUGUCGUUGACUACAGUGGAGCGGCAGGCCUUAUUUAAAAAGCUACAGCCUGAAACCGAUGAGAUGCGGCUAUAUUUACAAUGGGAAAACAUGUUUGAUUCGCAUAAACAAUUAAAAAAACUACAAAUUGCUUCACUCUACGAUGACAUAGGUAUGAUUAUUCAUCCACGAUUCAGGAAAAUGGGAAUAGCAACGGAAUUCGCUAGGGCGAGACGUUCGGCAUGUGUGGCACACAAUGUCGCUGCCGCCGGUGCCUUGACGACGGCUGUAGGCACCGAGAAGAUUGCUAAGAAGGACCACUGGGAUACUCUCAAGGUGUUCACGCUGGAUGACCUAGGACAACACUACGGACCUACUUGCGAAGAGGGUGCGACAUUCAGACUUGUCAUUUGGAAGAACCCAGAAUUCAAACGCAAUGAGAAUGAAAAAUAA